GGCGUGCUGAAAAUCAGCAAACAGUCCAGUGCAAGAUCAAGUACAAAAAUGGACAACCAGAAUUUCAAAUUUUAUAUGGCACCUUUUUUGAAUUCGAAGUUAAAUCAAAUACAUCAGUCAGCAAAGCUGUAAAAAAUUAUAAGAAGGCCAUAACUAGAAAUUCAAACAAAAAUGCUAGACAACAUAUCAAACCUGCGGAGCAAUAUUCUCAGAAAACUCUUAUAAAGCAUGCAAAAGAAUUCGCAACAAUACUUAAACAAGAAUUUAUUCGAACUAGUGAGCUUAUAUAUAACACACAAGACUCUGUUUCAUUAAAAUCACUCAAAUAUACCAUUAAUAAUCAAAAUUAUUAUUUUAAUAUUGGAGAUAAAAAUCUUCUACAACAAAAAGCAAAGAUCUUAAAUAUAAUUAAAGUAAUGGAUUCCAGUUAUAUUUCACGAGAUGCAUAUAGAGACUUAGCUGCAAUAAAUUUUCACUUACCACAUGAAUAUAUUAUUGCAAAUGAACGAAAUAAUUUAACCCAGGAGAUAAUCAAUAAGAUUCAGAUUAAUCUUAUAAAUAUGAUUAAGGCAAUAAACAAUUCUAAUUUGGAAGAAGAACCUAAUCAUAUUGAUAUAAUUCCUGAUAAUAUCGAUACUAAUACUAUUAACGUUAAUGAAAUCAGUAGAUCUGAAUAUAUAGGUGAACAACGUGACUUUAAAGAAAUCCUUCGAUACAUAAUUUCGUAUUUGAUACAGGAAAAUGUUUUAUCAGCUAAUAAUCCAACAAUUCAUAUACGAAUUUCUGGUGAUAGUCAGAAUGUAGAUCGAAAGUUACUUGAAAUUAUAUUAAAUCCAUUUUUUAAUGAUCUUAAAGAUCUUAAAAAUAAUGUAUUAAACGUUGCAGAUAUUCUUUGGAAUUUUGAAUUUUAUUUUAGCAGCGACUGGAAAUUUCUCUCUAUUUGUCUUGGAUUAAAAGCUGCGAAUUCAAAAUAUUUUUGCGCAUGGUGUUCUUGUUCUAAAAAUAAAAUUGGUGAUGCUACGCAAGAUUGGCGAAUUACAAAAUCAAUAAAUGAUUUGAAAAUCAACUAUUCAAAUACUCCAAGCCAUAUUAAAGCACCGUUGUUUGAUAUAAUUCCAUUAUAUAACUACGUCUUUGAUGAGCUACAUGUUCUAUUAAGGAUUGAGGAUCGACUUUGGACUUUAAUCUUAUCAGAACUUAAGGAAAGAAAUUUAUUUAAUGAAGUUAGUUGGCAAAUAAUUGUAAAAGAAAUAGAAUGA